AUGGCGACUUACCUGUGGGCUGGGGCUGCAUUCUGCUCCAUCAGACUGCUUGUAGCAUCAACACAAGCUGUGAACUUAAUAGGAAAGCAAGGGUCUUUAAUCAAGCCUAUCCAGCAAAACACUGGUGCCUCCAUUCGAGUUCUUUCCAAUGAUGAGAUGUCAAUCUAUGCGACUCCGGAUGAGAAAGUUGUGGAAAUUCAAGGUGAAGCUCUUAAGUUUCUUAAAGCUUUAGAAUCAGUGAUUGGGCACCUCCGAAAGUUCUUGGUGGAUCAUAGCGUUCUUCCUUUGUUUGAAAAGAGCUACAAUGCACCUGCCGUUCAGGAGCGUGAAUCUGAGCCUUGGUCCGAGAGGACGAUGCUUAGCACCUCACGAGCAGAACUUGAUCCUGCACUUUCUGGAACUCGCACUUCAGGUGGUGGUCGUGUUGGGAAUUCUGUUAUUACUCAGAUUUCCCAAACCGUUCAAAUGAAAAUACCACUAGCUUUGGCAAAAGAUAUCAUUGGCAUUGGGGGAGCUAAUAUUGCUUAUAUACGACGUACUAGUGGUGCCAUUCUUACAGUUCAAGAAAGCAGGGGCUUACAUCACGGUGGAAAUAAAAGGGUCGUCAUCACAAGUUCAGACAGCCCAGCAACUUAUGCAGCCACACCUGCUCAAAAACCAUUACCAAAAGCUGCUCAAAACUAG